CGGGGGGCUUUCCAACAUCAGAGGUCAACUAAGCAAUAUCACAAAGGACCUGCUUACCGAGGGAACAGAGGAUCAAACUGGUUAGUCCGUGUUUGCUUACAAUCACUUGCAAAGAUUCACGAACACAGCUGGAGAUCGCGAGUAAUCGGAUUGCUGAGCUGCAUACUAUCGUAGAUGCUCAGAAGAUUGAGGUUCGAUUUUUCUUGUUUGUGUGAUUGAGCCUUUAGAUAUCAUCCCUGAAGAGGAGAAACGAUGAGCUGGAGAUUCAGCUCGAGUCAGCUCAACUUCGGCUUGACCAUGCAAAGGAACAGUUCCACGCAACGCUUGCAGAGAAAGAGGCUGUGAUCCAGAAGCUGCGUGCCCAUGUUACAAGUGAACGUGGAGAACCAGAGGGCCAGUCGGCCUCUACUCUCAAGCAGCCCAUAAUCCCAGAAAGCCACGACUCCUUUUCAUUCGCGCAUUCUGAAACCAGUGCAACACGUGCACCUGAACUUGCGAGCGAAGAUCACAUCUCGGAAGGUGGUAACCGUGUUGGUACCGCCACCUGGCAAGAGCUUCGAGACGAAGUUGCUCAAUUGCGCGCUGAGGCAACAAAAUGGCGCCGUAUAGCUAAGCAGAAACAAGGCAAGGCGAAAACUUCUACGCCGGAGACUUCGCAUGCCGUGGAGUUGGAGCACGAAAUCGAGGAGCUGAAACACCGUUUAUUGGAACUGGACGAAACCCGCCAGACUGAACUGUCAGCGUUGAGGGAUAGUCAUUCGGUUCACAUGAGCAACAUAAUGGAACAACUUCAUGAUGCGGAGUCCGAGGUUUUGUCUCUGCGUGCUCAGUUAGAGCGUGUAACCCUCCAACCAGAUUCCGUUGUUCCUCCAGCACUGCCAUCUGAACGUGAGGCGAUGACACCUUCCACGGAAGAUUUGUGUAUGAGCAAAAGGAAGGUUCGACCCGGAAGGAAGAAAAAGGCGAAAGGAUCUAUUGAGCCGGAACUCAGGUUAACUGCUCCAACGACCGUCAGCUCAACUAGUAUUUUGCAAGUUCCAUCGGUGGGUUUUCUUGUGCCAUACAACCUUGAAAACUGCGAACGUGCCUUUUAUUCAAGGCUCACUGAAACAUCCAUUUCUUUUCAGAAACAGUUCUCGGAUUUUGCUGCGCAGACGGAUGGAACUGAACCGUCAGUGGGGACUUCUGAGGAGUUUGGGAAACUGGACGUCCUUGUCCGCAGGCCUGAAAGUUCACCAACUCUGUUAGAGAUCGAGACGCAAACCGGCCUUCUGGUCGUGUCAACCGCUGUUCAAGCCGGCGAGCAGGCUGUCUCAGUAGAAACACAGACUUGUCAUGUGUGGUCACCCGUACCACCACUGACCGUGGACAGCUGCUCUAUCGCAGUUCAGGUGAUUUCACCCCGUUCCCAGUUCGACUUUUUACCAGAUUCCGAGCAAAGCUGUCCUAUCCUUGGCUCUGAUGACCAUCGUUCUCAGGUCUCUGAUAUUUCUGAGGCCUCAUCUUAUUCCCGGCAGCUAGAGGAGCUAAUACACCAACUUUCUGAGGAGAUGAAGGGCUACGAACACGCAGUGAACGAGAUGGUGUCGAUUGCCGUCACUCAUGUUCCCCCUACGACACAAACGGACAACGGUUUGGAAAUGCAACCUCCGGUUAACGAACGUGCCACAUCCGGAGAUUUGUCUGAUCCAUCCCAGAUCGCACACAAGUUAGGUCUCCUCCAAGCUAGCUUAAAGUCUCGCCGUGCACGGCUCGCUGCGCUUCGCAAGGCACACCGUCGGAAACCGAAUAGAUCCGGAGAAACCACGCAGUCAUCGAAAGGCUCCACCACAGUAGGUUUACAGUUUUUCACUUUCGUUGUCGGUCGUAAAAAAUGUCACGUAAUAACUUAUGUCCCUCACUUGCUCCAGUCGGUGCAUUCAGACGAGGUUUUGGUAACGUCCACAGCGGUCCCUUCGUUCGAGCAGUCGGCGCCUGCAGAUGUCAACGAUGUGACCGAGUCUGAAGUUGAUGGGUGGCAGGAAGAUGACUUUCCCGAUUUCGAUUCGCAUCCUUCGGAGGUCGAAGCCUGUGUAGCACGCAAAUCGGCAUCUUACGAUUCUCGAGGUGAUGACAAAAAUAUACAAACUUUACACCGUUCAGAGUCAUGUGAAACGGUUGUCUGUGAUUUGCGCAAGACCAUCCUAGAACUUGAAGGUCGUUUGCAAGAAGAGUCACUGGUAUACCAACACCGCGUGGAACAGCUAGAAGCCUCACUGGAGCCAGCACGGCGUCUAGAAAAGUCCUUACAACAGGUUACAGAUCAAUUGGUAGCCUGCCUUCCACCGCCACCCGUUCCUCCUAAUCACAUGGUUCCUUCCGCAGGUCUAAGUUCUUCAACAUGGCCUCCGAGCGAUCCGGAGUCUCAGCUAUCAUUUAUUGUGACCGCCGAAGCGGCAGCACGAAGCGAGGUUGAUAAAAUCAAUAUGGCCCUGAUCAAUGCACAGGAGACCAUAGCCAAGCUUACUACCGAGAUUGAAGAGCUGAAACAAGUAGAACCAUCCGCUCCGUGCCCUCCGGUAGCCACUCUGAGCGAUGAGCCUUGUUUGUUGGCGUAUCAGCUUUGUUCAAUUUUGGAUGAGGAGUAUUGUCAAGCGAAUUGGGAUGCAGAUCAAUGGGACGCCAUACUAUAUGAGUUGUUGAAGCCCCGGUUUGCGGACAACACUGAAUCUACAGAUGAGGAACCUACCCAUGAGCGCAUCGUCCAGUUAUCAGCUGAGGUUGCAGCACUGAGAGAUAUACUGGACCAACACAAUGCAUUUCGCUCGCAAGCCGAACACGAUUUGCGUCAAUUGUGGACCACCGUUUCGACUCAACGCGAACAAAUCCAAUUUCUUCAGACAGAAAAAGAAAGACUAGAAACAGAUUUGGCCAACUCAGGUGGAUCCGUCAACAUGCGGCAAAAUGAAAGUGAUGAUUUAAGCCGGACAGCCAUACAGCAACUCUCUGAAUUGGUUCGUUCGAAAGAGGAGGAAGUGGAACUACUGCGCCGUCGUUGUGAUGAUCUCAAGGAACUCAUUCGCUCAGCCUACCGUCGUUUGGAGUCUGCAGAUGAAUCAGCUGUUGACAACGUAUGUGAGGCCGGUGAUGACGAUAUAGUUCAAGUCGUGGAACGGUUGACUAACAACUGGUCCGAUGCCAAAUGUCGAGCUGACCGGGUGGAAGCUCUGUAUCAGUCUGCGGUCAGCGCUUUGCAGCAGAAGCAUGCCGAGAGCCAAUCUUAUCACAAAGAACUUCAACGUGUCUAUGCCGAACUAUCUUCACAACAGGACAAAUACGAAGCUCUUCAGAGAGAAGAUGACAAACUCAGAGAAGCAUUUUCAGAACUGCAGACAGAGAUGCUUCAUCUUAAGGACCAGGAAUCCCGAGUCUGUGCACCGGAACUUAACGCGUCAAACAGUCAGGAAGAAGAGCAUGCAGCGUCUUCGGCUGCUCCGCCUGACGGUGAAUCGAAUUUCCAGUCAUGUUCAGUCGUAACAAGUUCUGUACCAAAUGAGGCGAAGUUACUAUCUGAGAUUACACGAUUGCAAGCACAUCUCUUGGAGAUGGAAGAAUCCUAUACAACAGAAGCACUGAAUGCUGAGGCACGUGAGGUUGACCUGCGUAACAGACUGCAAGAAGCUGAGACCCGCUUGCAACAACUUGAAGAAUCCAGUCAAACUGUUGAGGAUCGUGUGCAACGGUACAUGGCUGAACGGGAUGAGGCCAGAACAGACGCUGCUGAGUAUCGUAAGGAGAUCUCCGCACUACGGACUAGCCUAAGCAAUCUGCAGUCCGUUCUUGAUAGUUUCCAACAAAGCCAACAGUCCACCAUACAGUGUGAAACGGAACACAUACGGAUGGAACUACAACGUGCCCGCCAUAGGGAGGAGGCCGCCUGUGCUGAAGUGAAUCGCCUGAACGGACAACUGAAUGAUCACAUCGUGCUAGAGCAACGUGCACACCAUCUGGACUUGCAAAUUCAGCAUCACGCACAACAGUUGGCACAGUUGAGGGAACAAAUUGAACAAAGAGAUAGUCAGAUCGACGCUUUGCGAACCAGGCUGGCUCAGAUGGCUGUGGACACAGAUUCCAAGAUUGAUAAAGUGCUAAUUCGAAAUCUAUUGGUCAGUUUCUUCCAACUACCUAGCUCCCAGCGUUCAAGUGGUCUGCGGGUUAUAGGGAGUCUUUUGGACUUCAGUAAUGAUGACUAUGCUAAGGUUGGGUCGGAGUCAGGGGCUUUACCUAGGCUCCUGGGUUGGGUGCGUAGUGCCGUAUCCAGUUUUCCACCAGGGCCUCCGAAGGAUGUCACUCUGUCCUCCACCUAUCCAGACAAGUUUCCACUCUUCAUCGAUCAAUUCCGAGAACCAGUGAUUCUCCUGCCGGUGGACUUCAAUGCACGCAUCAGUUGA